AUGGUGCAGAGAGCAGACACGAGUGAAACUCAGGUUGAGAAGCCUGCCCAUUUGAAAUUAGAGAUGCCCAUCCAGGCUCCUUCCAAGAGAAAGCAGCCCCUAGACCAGAAGCAGGAAGAGAAAAGGCCCUCGGAGAGUGGGGGAAACAAUGGCAGGAGAUCCAAGUCCUCACCCAUGGACAAAGAGAACACCUGUGGAACAAGUCGGGAGGCUAAGGUCCCCAGGCAGAAGCUAUCUGGGCAAAGCUGGGCUGUCUCCUCCUGCGGGCUCCUCAAGAGAAGCAGCAGGCUGGAAGAGAAGAGGAGGGCCAGACCAUCUCCCUCCAGAGAGAGGAGAAGGGACAAGCCUGGAUCCACCCAGAGAAGAGAUUCCUUGCACACAAAACUGCAUGGAAAGGAUCCAAGGCCCCAGCCAAGAUCUCCUGUGAGGAGGACUCUGAAGCGCAGUCACUCUGGAGACAGCCAUGAUGCUCCACACCAGUCUGCCAAGAGGCACAGACAGCCUUCUCCUCCUGAAGCCAGCUCAUUCUCAACGUUUUCGCCACUGAUGUCCAGAGUCUUCACCAACAUGGGUGCCUUGCAGGUGGCCCUGGAUGACCUGAAAGCCCCCGGAGGUGCUUUUCUCAGUGUGCCCUCGAGCAGCAAGGAGCCCACUGUGUCACAGCGUGCCUGGCUCACUUGGCAACUGUCUCAUGCAGGAGCAGCGCUGCACUGGGCACGUCACACAGUCAAUUCCAUCUUGACUGCCCAGGAUAACCUGUGCAGAUACACCUGGCCUCAAGGAGAUUCCUGCACUGCUCACCCUAGACCAGUGCCCACCUCCUCCUCUCGGAAGACCCAGGCCAGCCGACUGGUGCAGAGACCAGGUGACUCCGCAUCUCCCAGCCCUUCCCAGGUUCCAAGAAGCAUCCUGGCCUAA